CUAUGGGACACAUAAAUAUCUCCAGCCAAGUUGUAGUCUAAGUCAGUUACCAACUUCAUUCUAAGCAGAACAGUACCAUGUCGCAAAAAUACUCAGCCAGAUUUAAAAUUUUAUGUCUAAUGUUGGGCCUUUUCCAUGGGCAGUCAGUGAUAUCUGGAGAAGAGACCACAGUGAAAUCCACGCUCACUACCCCAAGUAACAACGCAAAUAGUGAUCAUUUCGGAUAUGAAGUGCUUCUCACCAAAAUGGAUUAUAUCGAAUACAAGCUGAUGGAGCUCGAAUUCGAACUAAAGGAACAAAAUGAGCAGACCACGCGGAACCAAGCCCGACUGGAGAAAACGCACGAGGGGAUGUCAUGGAUGAUCACCAGAAUGGAGCAAGCAAUUGGUCAAAACUUCACAUCAGUAAUGGGACAAUCUUGGAGAAUUUUACAACAGCAAGUAAGCUGCUCCAAUCAUGAAAAUUUACGGAAUACGUUGUUCAAGCUAAAACCAGUCAAAGGACCGUCAGACAACGUGCGAAUGCUGUUCGAUUUACAACAAUUUAAGGCGAGGGGACCGUUUGAGUCGUGCAAGGCCGAGCCGAGUAAGACAUCGGGGAAAUAUUUGCUGCAGCCUUUCUCUGCCGAGGAACCAUUCGUUGGUUACUGUGAGCAAACAAAGUUCGGUGGCGGUUGGUUAGCCAUUCAACACCGGUUCGAUGGUUCCGUGGAGUUUUAUCGAAACUGGACGGAGUAUAAAAGCGGCUUCGGGGAACCUGAUAAGGAGUUCUGGAUAGGUCUCGAGCGGUUGCAUAAACUGACCAAAAACAAAAGCCAUCAUUUGUUGGUGGAGUUGGAGGAUUUCAAUGGGGAUUAUAAGUAUGCAAGAUAUGCCGGAUUUGAGAUCGGUGAUGAGUCGGAGAAGUACAGUUUGAAAACGCUGGGAGCUUACACUGGAACGGCGGGCGAUUCUUUAUCCUAUCACAAAGGAAUGAUGUUUACCACAUUGGAUAGGGAUAAUGACAAAAAUUCCGCAAACUGUGCCGAAGUUUGUACAGGAGCAUGGUGGUACAAUACGUGCCAUCAUAGCAAUCUAAAUGGGCGCUUCAUGACCGGAAAUGAUCAGAAAUCCAUCACUUGGUACCAUUUCAAAAGCGCACAUUAUGGACUGAAGUAUACGAGAAUGCUGAUUCGUGAAGUGUGAGGUGGUUAUGGUAGAAGAAAAUAUUGUAUAAUAAUUUGCUUCUGCAAGCUUAACUGUCCCAUAUAGAUUUGAAAUCUAUACCAGUUAUGCUUGCGAUAGCAGUAAUAGAGUGUUAGAAGAAUAUAAGCCCAAAUUAAUACAUUAAGCG